AUCAACCAAGUCCUCGAGCAGUACCUGCGGAUCUACAUCAAUCAUAAUCAAGAUGAUUGGGCUCUCCACUCCAAGCUCGCGCAAGCUGAGUUCGUCUACAACAACUCAGUUCACUCCUCGACAGGCUUCAGUCCAUUCGAAGUUGUCUAUGGCCUUCAUCCACGUUCUCCUCUCGAUCAUGCCAAGCCGACAAAACUCCCUGCGAUCAGCCAGUUCAACGAGCAACGCUCUGCCCUCCGAGCACAACUUGUCAAGAACCUUGAGAAAGCUCAAGCAAAUUACAAGCGUUUCUACGACCGCCAUGCUCAAGAAUCUCCUCGGUUCAAGGUCAAUGAUAUGGUCUAUCUCUCUACCAAGUACAUCAAACCUUCCCGAGAAGCUGCCAAGCUCUCCCAGCAUCGAAUCGGACCUCUCAAGAUCAUCGCCCCGACCAAGUCUCCUCUCGCAUGGGUACUCGAACUCCCUGCUGGCUUGAAUGUCACCCCGAUCUUCAAUGUCAGUCUCCUCGAACCUGUGCAAGAAGGACACCCUGGUCAAUUCCAAGACGAGCCACCGCUUAUUGAAAUCGAUGGUGAACAAGAGUACCAGCUUGAUUUCAUCCUCGAUUCACGCGUCGAUCCUGAAGACUCCUCCAACUACCAGUACCUCUGCAAGUGGCGUGACUACUCAGACGCCGAAAACAGUUGGGAACCCUACGACAAUGUCUGUGACACUACAGCG